GAGAGAGAGAGAGAGAGAGAACAUUUAUGGAAAUCAGCCUGCAUAUAGUGCACACGUUUUUUUUUGUAAAGUUAGCUUUAUUAUUUUUUAUUAUCAAAAAAAAAAAUAUGGAGUCACAACAAACAAUAAAUACUCGAAGAAAAAUAUUAAAUCAUGUUGUUUGUAGUAUUUUAGUAGAAUGUGGAUUUGAUAAUUGUGAAAAACAAGUACUUGAAACUCUCACUGAAAUGAUUCAAGCAUUUAUUUUUGAAAUUGGCGAAACAAGUAGGAAUUAUUGUGAAUUAUCUGGAAGAACAGAGCCAAUAUUAAAUGAUGUUGUGGUUGCUUUGAUAAAUCUUGGUAUUAAAAUUGAUGGUAUUGAUCAAUAUGGUAAAAGAUUAAAUAGAACUGUAUUACCACAAUUACAACAACAAACACAAUCAAAACAACAAAAUAUCCUAACUGCUGGACAAAAACAACCACAUCCACAACAUAUACCAAAUCAUUUACCACCUUUUCCAGAUCCACAUGCCUACAUUAGAACAGCUACACAUAAACAACCAGUUACCGAGUAUGAAGCUAUUAGAGAAAAAGCUGCAGCACGAAAAAGAGAUACUCAACGUGCAUUAACUAAAUUUUUUGCUAAAACUGGAGAUUAUCGUGAUAAUUUAUUUUUAACUGAAGAUAAUGUUUAUCAACUGAUUCCUUGUAAGCCAGAAUUUCCAAGUUAUUUAUCGGCUUUAUUACCAUCAGAUCAAGUAUUUGAAACAGAUCCCGAAUUAGAAUUUGGUCCUUCUCCAGUUAAAAAACCUAAAGAACAAAUAUCAAAUGAUGAUAAUAGUACAAAUAACAAUAACAACAACAGUAGCAACAAUAAAGAAGACAAAUUAUUAUCAACAACAACAACGACAACAACAACAACAACAACAACAGCAGCAGCAACUACAACAACAGCAACAACAACGACAACAACAUCUACAUCUACAUCUACAUCAGCAUCAUCAUUAAAAUCUAAAACAGAUACACUUGAUGCAAUUGAAGAGGAAACAACAACUCAACAAGAAAUUAUUGACAAUCCAUAUCUUCAACCUGGUAAAAUACCAAAAAAUAGAUUAUCACAUAUUGCCAAUAAUGGUUCAUUUCAUUUACAACAAUAUCCAAAAAAGGAAUUAAUUUUAGAUUAAUAAAAAUAUUUUAUUUAAUGAAUUAUUAUUAUUAUUAUUUACAAAUGAUUGUCAUUUAUGACAUUAUUAGUGCCAUUUUGAUGUUUCAAAUGAUUUAAUACCUUCUAAUCUCAAUCUACUGAGAAGUGGACGAUAAAUAUCUGGACUAAAAGGUAAUAUAACACCUCUUUGUUGUAUUUCACCUGUUGAUAAAAUUAAAUUAAAUAUAAAAUUAA